UCAAGCUCUCCUUCCAUUUUCAAAGUCAACGUCAACAAAGAUGUCUGUUCCCUUGGCAUGGUCACUUUCUGUUUCUCUCCCUCUCUUUCAUGAACUGCAGGAAAUAUCAAUGGUCAUUACGACAAGAAGGGAAGAGUGACACACAGAUUACAGCAGCUGUUAAUUAAUGGGGAUUUGCUGUAGCUGUUCAGCUCACAAGCCAGCUACAACACAAGAUCAAGACCCAACACCAAGCACCGCCGAACAUGUCAGUGCAGGUAGCGAUGACUUUGGAAACGGCUGGUUCUCUAUAGCAAGCACUAGCAUUACAACAUGGAUGUCUCAUCCAAGUAGCAGCUUCACAACUAUUUGGGGUAAAAAUGUCCCUGAGAGCAGCCAAUUCUCAGAUGCAACUGGAAGUGGUGAUGGGACUCUAGCAAACGGGCAAAAUGCUACCAACUCAAGCGUGACAGUAUUCACAUUGGCGCAACUGAGGGCUGCAACAUAUAAUUUUAGAUCUGAUAUGGUGUUGGGAAAAGGAGGUUUUGGCGAUGUCUAUAAGGGUUGGCUUAAGGAGAAGUUGCCUCCAAGGGGUAUAAAGAAGACGGCCGUUGCUAUUAAGAAAUUGGAUUCUUUCAGCAUGCAAGGAUUAAAAGAGUGGAAGGCUGAGGUGUAUUUCUUAGGAACACAUUCUCACCCAAACCUAGUAAAGCUAUUGGGAUAUUGUUCGGAAAGUGGAGAGCGCAUCCUUGUCUAUGAAUUCAUGAAAAAGGGAAGCUUAAAUUACCAUCUCUUUGGAAAGCGCUCAGUUCCACCACUUUCAUGGGACAUUAGGCUCAAGAUUGCUAUAGAUACUGCUCGUGGUCUGGCUUACUUGCACACAUUGGAAAAACCAAUAAUUUACCGAGAUUUCAAGUCCUCAAAUAUACUACUUGAUGAGUUCUAUAACGCGAAGCUAUCAGACUUUGGCUUGUCAUUUUGGGGUCCCUUGAAUGAUUCACAUGUCACUACAAGAAUUGCAGGCACGAUGGGUUACAUUGCUCCGGAAUAUCUUGCAACAGGACAUUUGCAUGUGAAGAGUGAUGUAUACGGGUUUGGAGUCGUUGUUGUUGAGAUGCUAACUGGUUUGCGUGCAAUCGACAUGAAACGUCCGAGUGGGAAACAGAUACUUGUUGACUGGGUUAAACCUUAUCUGACAAGCAGAAGAAAGUUGAAAAAAAUAAUGGACUCCCGGUUGGAAGGUAAAUAUCCUCCCAAAGAGGCUUCCCAAAUAGCUCACCUUGCUAUUAAAUGUCUUCAACUGGAGCCCCGCUUCCGGCCAUCAAUGAUAGAAAUUGCUGAGACACUUGAACAGAUUGAUGCCAUCCAUAUGAGAUUGGGAUAGCCUAAAUUCAUUCUGGUUAUCACAAUGGUUUGUAGUGUUUUAUUAUUCUUCUUCAUUAAUUCAAUUUUCCUUAGCAAUGUCAUACAAUAAUUUCUGUCGUUGCACUGCUGAACUUGUAUUGAUUCGACCAUUUUUAGGAAAGAAUCUGUAAUUAUUGGAAGCCUGUUUAUGCUUUAUUUGAAAAAGGGAUUAGUGGUGAUUUACUCAA